AUGGCUGGUGGUUAUGAACUUCUGAAGAGUGGAGAUGACGGUGAAGUCCAGUCACCCAAGUCUUAUCGCACUACACGCCGUGUUGCAAUCGGUCUCGUCGUGUGUCUGGCGUUGGUGACCCUUUCUUUUCUGCACUCAGUGAAGAUAUGUGCUUCACCUACACCCCCUGCUGCCCGUCCCCCAGCCCCGAUUAAUCCUUGGGCUACUCUCACUAUCGAACAGACCGUUCAGAUCCAGAAGUGGUUGGAGCAGCCUGCCCAGGCCCUUAACCUGACGCGUGGGGUUAUAUCGAAGCCUUCCGACAACCAUAUCUUCAUGAUAGAAGCGUACUACCCACCUAAAUCCAGCGUUCUCAGUUACUUUUCAUCAUUGUCCCCAUCGGCCAUUCCGGAAAAAUACGCACGAGUCACAAUCCACCACGGUUCCGCACCGGAACCUGUCGUAAAGGAUUAUCUUGUUGGACCACUUCCAAUUGGAUCGUCUACUCGCAUGCAGCAUUUGACGGAGAUAUACCAUCUCGACGCCAUUCCGCACAAUGCACGUGCCUUUGAUACCCGUGACUGGACUACUCCGGAAAUCUUCGAAAAGAUGGCCGCUCCGUUAAUGGAAGCAUACGAGGAACUCUUGGGUGGUACACCCCAGGAUACUCUUACCACGGCCGGCAGCGGGCCUUUCAGCUUUGACGGUUCAUUCAGACGUCUGUGGCUUGGGUGGCGGCGUAACACUCCCGGCUUCUUCUUACACCCGCUCAAUCUUUAUCAGUACAUCGACCUCAGCGGUACCGAUCCCUCGCAGUGGGAACAGUUAAAGAUCGUGUACAAUCACCAAGUCUUUGACUCCGCCGAAUCAUUCAUGGAAGCAUUCCACAAUGGCAGCCUCAAGCGUGUCCCUGUUGUUGACCCUGACACCGAUCUGUCGUACAGUACUCGUAAGCGUAUCGGAGCCCAACGCGAUCUCGACCAUCUUCCUGGACCUCGUUCAGUGUCAUUUGCUGGUCUGAGAUUCAGAGUAGAUCGUGAUCUUCAGUAUGUUAGCUGGAUGGGUUGGGGCAUGUAUCUCGGUUUCGAUAGAGACAUGGGCUUGAGCUUGUGGGAUAUCAGGUUCCGCGAUGAACGCAUUGUUUAUGAGCUCAGGCCCCAGGAAGCUCUUGCACAAGUAUGUCAACGACUGCUUGGCUCUGACCGCUACUUCGGGAUGGGUCAAUCCGUCCGUGACAUGUUACCGGGCUAUGACUGUCCACAUGAAGCUGUGUAUUUGCCAGCGACCACGUACUCAGAGCGUGCAAUCUGUGUCUUCGAGCACGAUAGCGGUCGCCCUCUUACGAGACAUCUUGGUUAUGAAGAAAAUGAGUUUGGCGCAGUGAAAGGCUACGAGCUCGUGAUCAGAAGUAUUGCUACAGUUGGAAAGUGCGCGAAUUUGUCUCUUUUUGACUAUAUUUUCCAUCUUGACGGAACUAUCGAGGUCCGUGUCUCCGCCUCCGGCUAUCUGCAGGCUGGUUUCUACGACGAAACACAAGGAAAUUAUGGGAACCGGAUCUGGGAAACCAGCACAAACUCGCUGUUAAAGACCACUUUGAGCCAAGAGGUCAUUACCCAGCCUUGGUACCAGGAUGACUGGGGAGAUCAAGUUAUCCAACAAGUAGUCACGCGAGAGUACAUCGACGACGAGAACGACGCCUUGUUGAAAUUCCCAACUAACUUCCAGGGAGGCUAUUCAAUCGUCAAUCAAGAGGAGACCAACAAGUGGGGAACCCCGAGGGGAUACGCGAUCCAUCCAGGAUACUCUCCAAUUCACAAUACGGUCGUUGGUUCUAAGCGGCUCCUGAAGAAUGCGAACUGGGCGCGCUACAAUCUGGCUGUCUCCCGUCGCAAGGAGACAGAACCGUCCUCGAGCAGCUUGUGGAACUUCAACUUGCCAGGAAACCCUCCUGUCGACUUCCAUAACUUCUUCGACGGAGAGAAUAUCACACAAGAAGAUCUGGUUGCCUGGGUGAACCUUGGCAUGCAUCAUCUCCCCCAAUCGGAAGACGCACCUAACACACGAACGAACACAGCGGCAUCGAGCUUCUUCUUGACGCCCCUCAACUACUUCGAUCACGAUGUGUCCAUCGAGUCGACCAACGCUGUCCUCCUGAAGAAUCCAGAAAAGCCUGGCGAUCCAUUUACAUAUAAUGACUACGGUGUUCAGCCCGCUCACUGCCUGCCGGAACAUCCGUCACCCUUCGUGUACCAUCCGGCGAAGAUGUUUGACCUAGAAGGGAAGCCUGCACCUGCUUCGUCGAUUGAAGAGAUGCGUAAGGCCUCGGAAUUGUAUCAUCGCAUCAAGCUUGAGUUGUAA